UAGUUCUCUCGUAGGAGCAACAUGAUUGUACGAUCACACGCCGUGGUGCCGCUGCUUGCAGUGCUCCUGUGCCUGGAGGUUUGCCGCGCUGCACCUUCUUUCGGGAAGUCGGACGACGGAGAAUUUCGUGACAAAAAGUACGACGAGGAGCUGAAGCAAGUCAGCAAAGUGGGCAAUACUUACGUGGCUGCACUGGAGGUGUACGACAACCCGCCUGAUCAGGACAAUGCGCGCAAGGAGGUGGACAACUUUCCAUCGAACGUCUACAGCAAGUACGAUUGGCUGCAGCGGAAGGUGAAAAGCUUGUUCGAUACCGAACCGCUAAUCGACAACAUCAGAGAAUCGGACAAGUACGGCAACACGGGCGAUCAGUUCUACUUCAUCACGAAACCGCUGGUGGAGACUACGGCCAAGGUGAACAUGUUCAUCAACUCGGUGAUAGCGGCACCCAAAAAACUGCUCGAAGGCUUUAAGAAGCAAGCGAAUGACAAGCUUAACGAUGUCGGUGGAGCUCUGGUCGGCUUGUAGGGUGGGCGGUGGGCUGCAGAAACCACUCAGCAGGAACGAAAGAGAUAAGGGAUAGGGCAACUCCCCGUACGAUGAUGGAUGGACUUUAAUGCCAAUAAUCGAAGCCUUUGUUCGAAGACAGUAUGCCGGGCAUUCUUACUGGCAUGUAUUGGAACCAAAGGACGGCCGGUCACUAUCUUUGCGUAACACGAGAGUGAAAAGAAUUCAUGUGAGUACAAUCUGGUCUGGUAGGGUGUAUGGUAAAGUUAGAAGAGAUAAAUCAUUGUAAAUAGAUUUUAGGUACAACAUUUGAGUCAGUUAAGUUUCGAACGAUAGCCCUAUUUAGUAUUCUCAAAGCUAAAACAAUGUAAAGGUAAAUUUAAA